GACCAUUCGGACAAGUUACUCUACGACAUGUUGGGGCAAGUACCAUCACUAAACGGACGACAGCUGUAAACAUCUUAAAUGUAUUGUAAAAAUAUUGGAACCACAUAAGUUAUUGUCUUCAAAGCCAGUUUGAAAGUCGCCAAAAUGUUCAUUCUUAAACGUGUGGCGUCCGGUGGGGGUAUAAUCCCUCGAUAUACCUCCCUCUCUGUUAGCAAUUUCUCUGCUUGUCAUUGCUUAAACUCCCCAAAGAGACGCAGCCCAUACAGCUCAGUGGACAGUGAGCGCUACUCUUCUCUUGUGAGGUCUGUCCUGUCCUCUAGGGUCAGCUCCCAAACGCCCGAGACCCUCCUAGCGGAGGACGAGCACGUUUAUGGACCUGUUGUCAAAUCUCAAACGCCAUCCACAAAACCGGAGAUGAAGGUGCCUAAAACCCUUCAUCCCUUCUUACACUGUGAAGACCCUAGAGAAACAGAGGAGCCUGAGUCAGGACCCCCAGCCCGGAUUUUGUUAAAUCGGGGCCAAGGCAGGUCUGUUCUACCGAGUGUGACCCGCAUUCUUCAGCAGACACUUUCCCCAGAGCAGAUCUUUUACCUGGAGAGAUGGAAGAGGAGGAUGAUCGCAGAGCUCGGAGAAGAAGGCUUUAAAGAAUACAGUCAAAAUUUAUUUAGGCAAGGGAAGCUUUUCCAUUCAGCUUUGGAGGAUGUUCUGACAUCAGGUGAAACACAGACAGACAAAAAUCUUUCAUCAGAGACACCAGAGCAUCCACCUGAUGUGCAGGGAUACAUGCAGAGCGUCUCUCACAUACUGGAGGAUGUGAGUGCCGUGAGAGCUAUUGAGAGCGUUGUGAAACAUGACACUCUGAGCUAUCUGGGAAUUGUGGACUGUGUUGCCCGCUACAGGGGCGUUCUAUGCGUUAUUGACUGGAAGACUUCAGAGAAACCCAAACCAUUCCUGGGCAACACAUACGACAACCCUGUCCAGGUGGCUGCCUAUGCAGGAGCUUUGAACAACGAUGACAACUACAAAUAUCAGGUUGAAAGUGGACUGAUUGUAAUAGCCUACAAGGACGGCACACCUGCCCAUGCUCACCAGCUGAGCCCAGAGCUAAUGUUGGAGUACUGGAACAAGUGGCUGGUUCGCUUUGAAAAGUUCACAGAGCAGAGAUCCAGUCAAGCAUCGAGUGCUUUUUCAGAAAAGAGAUGAGAUUUGGAGCUCUGUAUUUCAGUCAAAGGCAACUUAACCUGACUAGCAUUUUCAAUUUAUCUCACUUGUUUUCCAUGCUACAAAAACAAAGUUCACAUUCUGAAAGAAACUUAUUUUAGUAGACUCAACAGUUCAAUUGUAAUAUGUUACACUUGUAU